UCAUUAUAUGCUCUUGUGGACAAACUGUCUUCUUCCUUUUAAGAUUUUCCGGUGCAGUUGCCAAUCAACUGAGCUACCACUUUCAUUAUUCUCCCAUUACACUUCUGCAUUUAUCUUCAACCUUUCAGGGCACCAUUGAAGCUCCUGCAUAUCAUUGGCUGGACUAAAUGGGAAAUGUUCGAGUCAUCGCAUUCUACAUCACAAUCUGCUGCAUAGCUUUUAUUAUAUCAAAGAUUGUUGUUUCUGUCCUCCUUUACCGGAGAUGGAAAAGAAAGAACAUGGUUUAUUCAGAUGGAUUCUCAGGUGGGAAGAUAGUGAUGUUCAGGUCUCCAUUCAUACAAUCUUUAACAUCUGAUGUAUUACUGAAGAAGACACUGAAAUUGAGCAACAAAGACAUUGUUGGUUCAGGAGGCUUCGGAACAGUUUACAGAUUGACGAUCAAUGAGUCGACAGCCUUUGCCGUGAAAAGACUGCACAGGGGAACUGCAGAGAUGGAGAGAGGUUUCGAGAGAGAGGUGGAGGCAAUGGGAGAUAUAAAGCACCGGAAUAUUGUUACUCUUCAUGGAUACUGCACUGCCCCUCAAUACAAUCUUCUCAUUUAUGAGUUCAUGCCUAAUGGAAGUUUGGAUACAUUUCUCCAUGGAAAAUCAGUAAACAAGAAGCAUUUAGAUUGGCCAUCAAGAUACAAAAUAGCAGUAGGAGCUGCAAGAGGAAUAGCAUACCUUCAUCAUGACUGCAUCCCCCACAUAAUCCACAGAGAUAUCAAGUCAAGCAACAUCCUGCUGGAUCAAAACAUGGAGGCUCGAGUGUCUGAUUUUGGACUCGCCACAUUGAUGGAACCUGAGAAGACUCAUGUUUCAACAUUAGUAGCCGGAACUUUUGGAUACUUGGCUCCUGAAUAUUUUGAUACAGGGAGGGCUACAGCAAAAGGUGAUGUUUACAGCUUCGGAGUUGUUCUGCUAGAGCUUUUAACAGGAAAGAAACCCAUGGAUGAAGCAUUUCUUGAGGAAGGAACCAAACUUGUGACAUGGGUCAAAGCAGUUGUCCAGAACAAGAGGGAAGAGUAUGUCCUCGACACUUGCCUAGGGGGUUGUCCAACUGAUGAGACUAACAUUGUAUUCAGUAUUGCAUUAACAUGCCUUGAACCAGAACCCUCCGAGAGACCUACAAUGGCUGAGGUUGUCAAGAUGCUUGAGAAAAUUAAGUCAGAAAAAGUUGUAAAAGACAAUUAAUAUAUGCUUAAUGACCAUGCCUUCUCCAAGCAGAAGCCUACCAACUGUUUCCUAGUUAAUUGCAGAUUAUUUUUGUCCC